CGCGCAUAGCACGAAAGGUGGCUCUGAAAAGCCAAGAGAGAGAGAAAAAGUUAGAGAGAGAGAGAGAGAAAGUUAGAGAGAGUGAGGUUCGUUUCGAGACGUUGCGGAUUUCACCGCUGCAAUUCGCCGGAAUUUGGGAACUCUGUUCACGUCCGGCCCAUCGAUUCUCUUUCUUCUUCCUUAUUCACUCUUCAAUUUAGGGUUCUUUUGAAUUUUUUUUUUGGCCCUAAAUUCUGAUUUGGGAGUGCUUGGUUGUGAGUGUGAGGGUGGAUCUGCGAUCUUCAACUUUGGGGGAACUUUCGUGAUGUUUACGCCGCAGAGGAAGGUGUGGUCUGGUUGGCCUCUCACACCCAGGAGUGAGAAGAACGGUUCUGGGUCUGGUUCUGGUUCUGGUUCUGGUUCUGGUUCGGAUUUGGAUCCUAAUUCAAACCCUAGGAAUGGCGAGACGGGUUCGAGGGGUAAGGGUGUGGCUUUGAUUGAGUCCACGACACUUCCGCCGAUGGGUUUAUCAGGCGAAAAUGGUGGGACUAAGAAAGACGCGGCCUUGGACCGCGAAACAACUGUUGAGAAGAUUUCAAAGCUCGAAAAUGAGCUUUUUGAAUACCAGUACAAUAUGGGCCUUCUCCUCAUUGAGAAAAAGGAAUGGACUUCAAAGUAUGAAGAGCUGAAGCAAGCUAUAGAAGAAACAAGGGAUUCCCUUAAACGAGAACAAGCGGCACAUCUAAUUGCAAUGUCUGAGAUUGAGAAGCGAGAAGAGAAUUUGAGGAAGGCCUUGGGUGUGGAGAAGCAGUGUGUGCUUGAUCUAGAGAAGGCUUUGCGCGAGAUGCGAUCGGAAUAUGCAGAAAUCAAGUUUACGUCUGAUUCGAAGUUGGCUGAAGCUAAUGCACUCAUCACUAGCAUUGAAGAGAAAUCUUUGGAGGUGGAAUCAAAGUUACAUGCUGCUGAUGCCAAGCUUGCAGAGGUGAGCAGAAAGAGUUCGGAGAUUGAAAGAAAAUCACAUGAAGUGGGGGUUCGAGAAAAUGCAAUUCGAAGGGAACGGCUAUCCUUUAAUACAGAGCGAGAAGUGCAUGAGAGUACUUUAUCUAAACAGAGAGAAGACUUACGAGAAUGGGAAAGAAAAUUACAAGAGGGAGAAGAAAGGCUGGCUGAACUUCGAAGAUUGCUCAACCAAAGAGAGGAGAGGGCAAAUGAGAACGACACAAUCUUUAAUCAGAAACAGAAUGACCUUGAAGAGGCACAAAAGAAGAUUGACAUAGCCAACUCAACUUUGAAAGAGAAAGAAGACGAUAUAAGCAGGAGGCUGGCAAACCUAGCUGUUAAAGAGAAGGCAGCUGAUGCCAUGAGAAAUGGCAUCUGGACAGUGUGGAGAGUGCAUCCGAUGUAUAAAUUUCCACUUUUCAAUGGGAAAAAAGAAAAGCAUACAAACGCAAAUGCUCAGACAUUACUCUAUUCCUUGAACAUGGUUGAGAUUCAGAAACUUCUGGAUGAACACAAGACCAUCCUGGAUGCAAAGAAACACGAAUUUGAAUUGGAAAUGGAACAAAAGAGUAAAGUUUUUGACGAGGACUUGAAAAACAAGGCAGUUGAAGUGGAGAAGAAAGAAGCCGAAAUCAAACACCUGGAGGAGAAGGUUGCAAAACGUGAACAGGCCUAUGAGAAGAAACUAGAGAAAUUUAAAGAGAAAGAGAAGGACCUUGAAUCAAGGUCGAAAGCUCUGAAGGAAAGAGAGAAAUCCAUCAAAGUUGAUGAGAAAAAGUUGGAGAAUGAAAGGAAACAAAUGCUUGUUGAUAAUGAGAACUUGCUUAAUCUCAAGGCGGAGCUUGGGAAGAUACAGGCUGAGAUUGAAGAACAGCAACUGAAGAUUAGUGAAGAGAGGGAAAGGCUUCAAAUAACUGAAGAAGAGAGGUCAGAAUUUGUGCGCCUGCAAUCAGAACUGAAACUAGAGAUAGACAAGGGUAGACAGCAGAGGGAACUGCUUUUGAAGGAAGGUAAGGAGUUGAAGCAGGAAAGGGAGAAGUUUGAGAAAGAGUGGGAAGAGCUGGAUGAAAAAAGAGCUGAGAUUAAGAAGGAGCUAGAGCAGGUGACUGUACAAAAGGAAAAGUUAGAAAAGCUGACGAGAUCUGAAGAGGAAAGGUUAGAGAAUGAGAAGCAGGUUACACAGGAUUAUGUUCAAAGGGAAUUGGAAGCUCUCAAACUGGCUAAAGAUUCAUUUGCUGCUAGCAUGGAGCAUGAGAAAGCAGUGAUGGCUGAGAAAACUCAAAGUGACAAAACCCAAAUGUUGCGUGAUUUUGAGCUGCAAAAAAGAGAACUCGAGACUGAAAUGCAGAAGAGGCAGGAGGAGAUGGAGAAUUCUUUGAGUGAAAGGAAGAAGUCAUUUGAGGAAGAAAGGGAGAGGGAACUGAACAAUAUUAAUUACUUAAGGGAAGUGGCUCGAAGAGAAAUGGAAGAAAUGAAAGUAGAAAGACUAAGGACAGAAAACGAGAAACUAGAAAUCACUGCAAACCAGAAACAUCUUGAAGAACAGCGGCUUGAAAUGCAAAAAGACAUUGAUGAACUUGUUGGUCUUAGCGGGAAGUUGAAGGACCAGCGGGAACAAUUCGUAAAGGAAAGAGAACGCUUCAUUGCAUUUGUUGAGAAACACAAGAGUUGCAAGACCUGUGGGGAGAUUACUUGUGAGUUUGUGGCUUCUGAUCUUCAAUCUUUACAUGGAAUAGACAAUGUGGAGGCACUUCCUUUGCCUAGACUAACUAAUGAUUAUUUGAAGGAGGCUGUCCGGGGUAACACGGUCACUUCUGAGAGGCAAAAUAAUGAGAUAUCCCCGGGUGUAAUUCACUCAGGAUCUCCGAUUUCUGGAGGAACUAUGUCCUGGCUCCGAAAAUGCACCUCAAAGAUAUUUACUUUCUCACCGGGUAAAAAGAAUGAACUCAAUGGUAUAGAAGAACAACCAAUAAGGUUAUUGAGCAACGAAGAUGAACCAGAAUCCUUGGGGAUUGCAACUGGCUCUGUGGAUGUUCAUAGGAUUCAAUCUGACAACAGCAUCAGAGAGAUAGGAGCCAGUCAGGAUCCAUCUGCUGAUGAUCAGAGCAAUAUCAACAGCCAGGCACAAGAAAUUGCAGAGGAUUCACAGCAAUCUGAUCUGAAAAUGGGCCGCCGCAAACCUGGCAGGAGAGGAGGUAGGCCUAGAGUUAAUAGAACCCUCUCCGUGAAGGCGGUUGUUGCAGAUGCCAAGUCUAUACUUGGGGAUGCCUUUGAACAGAAUGGUAAGGCUGAGGAUUCUGCCCAUAUGAACGAGGAAGGCCAGGAAGAAUCUACUCUUGUGAACAAAGGAAAGGCAAGAAAUGCACGAAAGCGGAACCGUGCUCAUGGCUCUCAAAAUACAGUGAGCGAGCAGGAUGGUGAUUACAGUGAAGGACAUUCUGAAAGUGUCACAGCAGGCGGUCGCAAGAGGAGACAGAAGGUUGCUCAAGCUGUACGAGCUCCUGGUGAAGUACGAUACAACCUCCGGCGACCCAAAAUUCCGGUGACAGUGGCUGCUAAUGGAGCAUUGCCUGACCCAAGCAAAGGAAAGGAAAGAGAUGGUGAUGAUGGAAGAGAUAUGAGGGAUGAAAUUUCUAACUCAAAAGCUGUGGCCGCACCUUUGAUAGAGCUUGUUAGUGAAAAUGGUGGAAGCACACACUCCAUGCAGUUUGAAACCACGGCAGAUGCUCAGGGUGGCAAUGAGGAUAACAUGGAUGUGAUGAGUGAAGAGGUGAACGGGACCCCAGAAAGGACUAGGGAGUACAGCAAUGACGAAUGCAGGGAUGAUGACGGCGACUAUGACGAAGACGAUGAAGAAUCUGAGCAUCCCGGUGAAGUGUCGAUAGGGAAGAAGUUGUGGAAUUUUAUCACCACAUGAUAAUUGCUUAAACCCUAUUGCUGUUCUGGCUUAGCUGCUUUUUUAUUUUUAUUGGUAUUUUUUAACAGUUAGGGAUCCCCAAUGUGUAGUAGUGUGUAUUAAUUUGAAAUGUAGUUAUAACAACCCACGGAAAUUCAAUUCAAGGGGGUUGGUUCCUGUGUCUUUUUUUUUUUUUUGUGGGUUUCGAUUAGGGUAUGGGGGGCUGUUUAUUCUUUCACAACAGUCCUAGAUGACUCGAAUUGGCUUCUUCUCUAUCCAUAUUUGUUGUAUCAGAUGUUUGUAUUUUUAUUCUUCCUUUGGGAAGGAUUGUUUGUACCUUUUGAACUCAAAUUUCUGCAUAGAUCAUUUGUGCUUUCUUAUAUAACAACUUAUUUUUCUUGAGAA